AUGGAGUUUGAUAAAAACUUCAGAGAAGAUCUUGGUUUCCUUCCAACCAUUCUCCAAAAUUCAUUCGAACUAGAUAAUUUUGGAAAUGGGUUUUCUUCUAUGGAAGGUUUGCAAUUUGAAGGAGCACCAUAUCAAGAUUUUUACCCUGUUGAUCAAGUUUCCAUAGAGAGAUCUUCACCAAAUCCCUUUCUCCAGCUUCCAACCCCAUGUUUUGAUUCAAUUGAAGCUUAUGGAAAUGAAAGUGGAAGUGUAAAUGGAGUAAAGCAUGACUUUCACCAAGGAAUCAAAGCCAUUUUGGAUCAUCAUCAUCCUACUAAUCAUCAUCAGAGAACUAAUCUUGCUCAGAUGGAACAAAGCUUGCAGAUAUAUCCUCCAUUUGUUAGUUUUCAAGAAUUUGGAUUUAUGGACACAUGCAAACGACUUGAUGACCAAGUUUCAUGCAUUACUUCUAAAAAUGGGCAUCAUAAGGAAGGUGAUAUGAAGAAAAAGGGAAGCUUGCAGUUAAAAGACAAAGUCAAAGACCAUGAGAAACCUAAUAUUGUUAAAGGCCAAUGGACUCCUGAAGAAGACAGGUUGUUGGUGCAACUAGUAGAACAGUAUGGGAUGAAAAAGUGGUCUAUUAUUGCAAAGAUGCUAAAUGGAAGAGUAGGGAAACAAUGUCGAGAGAGAUGGCAUAAUCAUUUGAGGCCUGAUAUUAGGAAGGAUAUUUGGACCGAGGAAGAGGACAAGAUGCUAGUUCAAGCCCACAAAGAUUUGGGGAAUAAAUGGGCAGAAAUUGCAAAGAGGUUGCCAGGAAGAACUGAGAAUACUGUAAAGAAUCAUUGGAAUGCAACCAAAAGAAGGCAAUUUUCAAAGCGUAAAAGCCAAAAACAUCCCAUGAACACACUGUUGCAGAAUUACAUCAAGAGUGUUUCAAAUUCAUCUUCAACAAAAAAGGGUCACAAGAAAAGCACACCCUUAGAUGUGGAAGGGGUUGACCAUAAAAUGAUUGAAAGAAUACUGCAACAAGAAUGCACAGAUUUUAACUCAGAUUAUCAGAACCCUAUUGUCCCAAAUAAUAACUACUAUGCUGCUGGUGGGUUGAUGGAAUUUCUUUUUGAUACGAACAUGUUUCCAGAAAAAUACAGCAGUUUUGGACGUGUUCUUGGUGAUCAUCAUGAGAAGCCUUGCGAUUAUGUGGUUGAUGAGAGCAACAAUAUGGAUUCCAAUAUGCCAUUUGAGAUAUAUACUCAAGAUGAAGUGAAGAGGCCGGAAAUGGAUUUAGUGGAGAUGCUUUAUCAAUGA